AUGGACGCCAUUAUAGAAGUUGUUGCUUUUCUAUUUGGUUUUUUGGGCUGGGUGAUGGUGGGGAUUGCCCUGCCGAACCGUUACUGGAAAAUAUCGACUGUGGAUGGCAGCGUUAUCACAACUUCAACCAUUUACGAGAACCUAUGGAUGUCCUGCGCCACAGACUCCACGGGUGUCCACAACUGUCGCGAUUUUCCUUCGCUGCUUGCCCUGUCCGGAUAUUUACAGGCUUCUCGCGCACUGAUGAUCGCUGCCAUAGUGAUGGGGACUUUUGGAAUCUUUGCAACAAUGAUAGGAAUGCAGUGCUCCAAAGCAGGAGGAGAAAACUAUAUACUGAAAGGCAGAAUUGCUGGCAUUGGGGGCGUGUUCUUUUUGCUGCAAGGUGUGUGUACUAUGAUUUCUGUAUCCUGGUACGCCUUCAACAUCACUCAAGAGUUCUUUGACCCGUUCUACCCCGGGACAAAGUUUGAACUUGGGGAGGGUCUGUAUAUCGGGUGGUGCUCAGCUACAUUAGCCAUUUGUGGAGGAUCAUGUCUGCUGUGUGCCUGCAAAAUGGAGGAGUCUAACGAUGUUCCUUACAUGUACCAGCCUAACAAAGGCACAGUGUAUUCAGCAGCUGUCCAAUCACAGAGGGGUGCCUCCAGCCCAUAUGACAGGAAUGCAUAUGUCUGAAGGAAAGACUCUACAAAUCUGCAUGGGCCAAUCACACCUGCUCUGCAUGAACCACACAAACAGUCCACACCACAUUUUUGUUUAAAAUGUAUUUUAUCGGCAAGGUGAUAGUGCACAUGAUGUAGCUACUCCAGAAUGGUAGGCUGAAAUCUGAUUCUGUAAAAAAAAACAUUGGAAAUAAAAAUGCUGUAAAUUUAAAAAAGGCAGCUUGUUAUGCUGUAUAGAUGCACUUUUAAAGGGUGAUGUGACUUGGUCUAGUGUCUUUAAUGUUUACUCAAGCUGUCAUUUGAAGAUUCAGGUUUUGGUUUGAUGGUACAACCCAUACACCAAUAUAAAUAACUUUUAAGCAAUUAAUUUAUGUACAUGGCAAAAUA